AUGGAGGAGCAGACGGGUUUGAGAAAAGGCGCAUGGACGAGAGAAGAAGAUAAUAUUUUGAGGCAGUGCGUCGCAAAGCAUGGAGAAGGAAAAUGGCACCAGAUUCCUGCAGCUGCAGGCUUGAAAAGAUGCAGGAAGAGCUGUAGGCUAAGGUGGCUGAAUUAUCUGAAACCGGAUAUAAAGAGAGGAGACUUUGAGGAUGCUGAAGUAGAUCUCAUCAUUAGGCUUCACAAACUCUUAGGCAACAGGUGGUCCUUGAUUGCUGGAAGACUUCCAGGAAGAACAACAAAUGAUGUAAAAAACUUUUGGAACAUGAAGCAGCGACAGGAAAACCCACGAAGACUCUCAAACAGAGAACAGAAAUCGCAGGACAUUGUGAAAUGA